GAUAAUUCGUUUAUCCAAAAAAGGCGAGAGAAAAACCAAAGUGCAAUACGUCACAUGAUCCGCAAGAGACGAACUCGUGUUACUUGAAUGAUUGAUGGCAACAAGUAAAAUGCAAAUCUCGCUGUCUCCUUCAUGUUUUUAUUAAAGCUCUGUCUUUUUUUUUCUCUCUUAAAUUUCUCUUUAAAAUGGACAAGACACUGAGAUGCGUCCGGUGGGGUUACGAGGUUAGUGCCUCUUCCGAUGAAUGCAUCAACGCAAUUGACUCAUACUUUCAUCAGGUUCCUCUUCGAUUAUCACCCUUUCAUUGCAAACUUAACAAAGACAGAAGAUUUUAUGGUUCUGAUGUGCUUUCUCUGGCUUUUGGUUCUUAGUUAUGGGAGGAACUGGAAAGUGAUUCUAGAAGCACCACUCGACGACAAAGAUUGUGUCUUGGGCAACGUUUGAGCUGCUCAUUACCUUUCCUCAUCGGAUCAUUCCAAAGCUAAUACCUAUGUUGAAGCUGCAAGAUCCAAUAUUGAACAAUCUACACCUUAUGAGAAAGCUGUGUUCGAGGCUGUUAGUUAUCUCAUCUCCGAGGACAGGGAUGAUGACUUGGCUCUUGAAUUGCACACCCAGCUACUUCAAAGAUUCCCCAAGGAUCUGGCCUCUCUGAAGAGAGCACAGGUGUUAUGCUUCUACAUGGGACAGCCUGCUCCCUUUCUGAGUCUUGUUCAGCAAGUUCUACCAGUGAAUCAAGAAGAGAGUUACAUACGCGGUAUGCUUGCCUUCCCAUUGUUAGAACUUGGUCGAAUGGAAGAAGCUGCGGCAGCUUCCAGAAAAGGCUAUGAGAUUAACAAAGAAGACGCCUGGGCACAUCACUUUUUGUGUCAUGUUCUUCAACAUGAAUGUAAGUUUAAAGAAGCAGUGGAGUUCAUGGAAGAACUCUCAGAAUCUUGGCAAUCUUGCUCAUCCUUCUUGUAUACACACAAUUGGUGGCAUAUUGCUCUCUGUUACUUGGAAGGAGGGUCACCAAUGAGAAAAAUAGAGGAGAUUUAUGAUAAUCACAUCUGGAAAGAAUUGGAGAAAGGCGACACUGUUCCCCCUGAAGUUUAUCUCAAUGCUAUUGCUUUGUUAUUGCGUUUGGAUGUAAGAGAUGCUCUCAAAGGUUCGUUUGAAGACCGUCUUAAACUCCUUGCAGCUCGUUUGACUGAUCAGGAAAACUGGUAUAUGUCAUGGCACCUUGACAUAUUGAUAGUUUGGGCACUGGCCAAGGUUGGAGAGACUUCAAGAGCUCGUGAAUUACUCGAGGGUCUGAAGCUCCGACUAUCGAAGAUGAACAAGAAGAAACAACAAGUGAUGCAGAAAGGGAUUCAGCUCGGAGAAGCUGUGUAUGAAUACGCAAAGGGUAACUACAAACAGGCUCUAGAACUACUUGGUUCAGAUUUUAACGCUUUUGGCUACAAGAUCACUGGGGCAUCAGAUGAACAGAUUGAUGUUUUCAACGAAAUGUGGUGCCAGUUGCUCCUAAAGACAGGCCAAUCCAAGACGCCAAGACUGGUACGGCUUGUUUGUAGAUUUUUAAGUUCAGUUUCAUUAAAUAAUUAUAUUGUUUAGUAUAUAACAAUGAACG